UGGUGCAUGUGAAAACAGCUAACGUGGAAGAAAAAUGAUUGUACAUGUUCAAAUCUUUCAACAGCUAAAAGAACUAGUUCUCACUCACCAACCAUGGCUUCCACCCUUUCACUACUACUCCUAUCUCUCCCUUUAUUCACACUAUCACACGAGCCCUCCGAUGGCCCGCACGUGCUCCCCGGCACCACCACAUGCCGCGACGUAUGUGGCUCGGUCCCGAUUAAGUACCCGUUCGGCACCGGCUUCGGUUGCGGCCACCCCGAUUUCGCCACAUACGUGAAAUGCAUCGAUAGGACACUUCAAUUCUCGACGGACACUGGCUUCUACACCAUAUCCUCCAUCGACUACACGGCUUCAACACUCAUCGUCACUGAUCCCCUCAUGUCAACAUGCGAUUCGAUGCAAAAUUCCGGUAGCUUUGGCUUAGGUCGUGCCGCACCGUUCCAGUUAACGUCGGAAGAUGUGUUCGUGCUGUUGGGCUGUUCGACGUCAUCGCCGGUUUUCGACUCUGAUGAGGAGCUGUGCGAUACCGGGUCUUCGAAUCUCUGCAGAGGGAUAUAUUCAUGUAGAGGUGUAACGGGGAUUGGGCUGGUGCCUAAUGGGCCUAUUUCUACUUGUUGUGUUUACAAGCCGCAGAGUGGGGUCAGCUCAGGGUAUCAGUUGGAUCUUCCGAAGCUACAAUGCUCGUCGUAUACGUGCUUGUAUGGGUUCGGUGGGAAUGAGGGAGAUCCAACACGGUGGAAUUAUGGGAUAUCGUUGCAAUUUAAUGGGUCUUAUCUAACGGACGCAUGUAAUGAGUGUGAGACGAGCGCUGGUGUGUGUGGAUUCAGGGACUUGGAUCGGUCGUUCGUUUGCGUGUGCCGUAAUGGGGUGAACACGACCACGAAUUGCUAUGGACAAGGGUAUGCAUGGAGCGGGACAUGUAAGCAAAAGUGGGACACAAUAAUGGGUAUCCUAGGGUUCUUCCUCCUCGUGGGACUCUUUCUCUAAAGGUUCAUGAAGGAUCACUCAUCAGCUUCUAAACAUGGCAAAUCCAUUAAAAGAAGAAAGAACUUUUAUCAAGUACCAAGGAUAGCUUUGUGUUGGCUUUUAGCUAGACAUGAGCUUCUUGUAUUUGAGUGAGGUGAUCAGUAAGGACAGGUUUGGGUGGAGGGCCAAUCCAGCAAAGUUAUUAGAUGGGCUUUGCAUGGGAUUGAACCAUCGGGUGAAGUAUUUUUGACAUAACUCGAUCCAUUUCAUCUAGGUUAAACACUUCGUUUACUUAUGCAAGAGGGAAGUGAAUGCGGUGGCUUGUGAUUUGUCGGUGGCGGGGCAGCCUGCCCCAAGUUUUAUAUUUUGCAUUUCCAGGUUUCUGAUGGAAGUCUCUUUGUUGCUUGUUCAAGGAAAAAAAGAAAAGAAAAUAGCUCUUCUUAACAUAAAUGGUGCAGUAGUUCUUCUAAGUAUAUUGAGAUAUUGGAAGACAAAUUUGCAGUAGCAGCAAUAACAUACCAUGGGCUAGACUCCUAUCUUUGUGUA